CAGCGCCCGCGCUUAUAUGCCGGCGGCUUACGGGCGCUUCGGUGUUGCGGCGGGGGGGGGGGACACACACGCACACACGUUCCCCGGCAACGCCGCGUUCGCCGCCGCCGCCGCCGCCCAUGUCAGAGCCGUUCCGGCCCUUGGCCGAGGGCGGCCGCCGCCGCCGCCGUGGCUCUCCGCCGGGAGAGGAGCGGUGGGAGGCUGCCGGCGCCGGACGCUGCCGAACGCGCCACAGGCUGAAGACGGCCGCAGCCCGCACGGGGAGCGAGGGCCCGGCAGCGCCGGUUACGACCUGCUCCGUGGCCUGCUGCAAAGGAACAUGACUUCAGCAGAUAAAGAGUUUUCAGAAGAUAGCAACUUUUCACCAAAAGCCGGCACAAGCAAGCUGCCAACAGAUGCUUCUCCUGACUCUAAAUGCCCCAUCUGCUUGGAUAGAUUUGACAAUGUUGCAUAUCUGGAUCGCUGUUUGCACAGGUUCUGUUUCCGCUGUGUCCAGGAGUGGUCAAAAAACAAAGCAGAAUGCCCGCUCUGCAAGCAGCCCUUCUUUUCCAUUUUCCAUACAAUUCGUGCAGAAGAUGAUUUCAAGGAGUACAUACUUAGCCCGUUAGAAAACAGCUCUUUUGCCAGUCCUGAUGGCCGGAGAUUUCGUUACCGUACCACCUUAACGGGGGAUCGCCGCGCUGGCCGUUGCCCUUCCCAAAGGACGCUGUCCCCCCCAGAUAAUUCACUGUUUUUUGAAGGGUUCUUUGGCGAACCAGUGCGGCAGAGGGAUGGGGAGAUUCAGCAGAUGAUGAGGAGGCUGGCCUCAAGGAGGCAGGCGAGCGCAGAGGGGAGAGCUCUGCGGCAGAUUCAGGAGGAGGACUUGAUCAACUUCCGCAGAGCUCUGUACCGUACUGGUGUGCGUAUUCGUAGCAUUCAGGAUGGUGGCCGCUAUCGAGACAUUUCAGCAGAGUUUUUCCGCCGCAACCCUGCCUGCCUUCACAGGUUGGUUCCUUGGUUGAAGCGAGAACUUACAGUUCUGUUCGGUGCCCAUGCAUCUUUGAUUAAUAUUGUACAGCACAUUAUCAUGAGCAAUGUGACUAGGUAUGAUCUGGAAAGUCAGGCCUUUGCUGAUGAGUUAAAGCCAUUUUUGUUGAAUCGAACUGAACACUUCUUGCAUGAAUUCAUCAGUUUUGCCCGUUGUCCUUUUAACUUAGAAGCAUAUGAUCAACACGCCAAUUAUGAUUGUCCUGCACCAUCAUACGAUGAAGGAAGCCACUCAGACUUGUCAGUUAUUACAAUAUCUCCAGAUACGGCGUAUUCUCAAGGCCCAGAUAACAGUUUGUCUGUGACUGGUCUGGGUCAGGCCCCCUGGGAUGAUGAAACUCCAGGGCCUUCCUAUUCCAUUUCAGAAGAGGUUCCUGCGACUCUGGAGAUGUCAGAAAGUUCUGAUGAAGACUCUGCUGCAAAAAGUCAAAGAACCAACCUGCAGGCUCAGUUACAGGCUAAUGCUGACUCAAAUGACAGCGAUUCUUCCUCGGACAAUUGUGUUAUUGUUGGGUAUGUUAAGCCACUAGCUGAGAGGACACCAGAAGUCGUUGAGCUGUCCUCGGACUCUGAGGAACCUGUCAGGGAAGAGAAAAGGGAAGAUGUGAAGAAACAGCAGCCAGUCUGUUGUCGCAGCUGGAGUGAUAGUGAACCAAGCAGGAGUUUAUCGCCACAUUCCACCACAUACAAGGAGAAUGUAGGUAGCUGUAGAAGCUGCUUAUCUCCUGCAGUUGAGAAGACAGAAACAAAAGAUGAUGAUAAGUACAAAUGUAAGGUAAAAGAUUUGUCUUCACAGGUCUUAAGCUGGAGCCCACCUCCAGGGAGUGACACAGUAUGCUCCCCUUGGAAUCACAGAUCGUCUAGAAAGGGAAAGUCCAGGAGCCCACAAUCCUAUUCACGGAACAGUCAUGGCAGUCAUGGGCAUCGGUCUAGGAGGGACCAUCAUGGCAAAAGCCAAACUAAAAGGAGACGAUCAAGAAGCAGAGAUAGUAGCAAACGUAGAAACAAAAGAAGCAGCAGGAGGUCAAGAGCUCAUGAAAGCAAAGUCUCUCUAGAAAGCCAGAGAGGCUCUUUUAGUCAUGAGAGCACUCCAUCCAGAGAAGUGAGCAGAUCACGAUCACGUAGCAAAGGCCAUGGCAAAAGGAGAUCAAGAAGUAGAGACAGUGAUCGUUAUUAUGUAAAAGAUAGUUAUCAAAGUAGACACCAGUGGGGAUAUGCUUUCUGUAGUCGAAAGGUGUUCGGAGAUGGCUAUGAAUCCUCCAGCAGGAGGAAGACUCAGUCUAAUGAUAUCUACUCAAGGCAAUCUCCUAGUCCAGAAUAUCGGAUACGAUCAUUUAUUGAAAGGGCAGAUCCACAUAGCCAGAGGGGACUUCGUGAGAGACACUAUUACUGUUAUGAAAGAUGCAGGUCAAGGAGUCGAUCAAGCAACAGAUCAAGGACUCCUCCUGGGGGAACUGAGAGAAUGAAAAGUGAAAAACCUGGUGGAAAAAGGAAGUACAAAACUCGCCACCUGGAGAGUGCAUUCAUGGAGAGCACAAAUCUAGAAAGAGAAAGUGACCCCAAGAAAACUUUCUCAGAAUUCAGCGACUGCUACAAAAAUGAAGACAGCCUUUCAGACAAUCGAGCAAGCAGCGAUAUAAAGCAUAAGAAAAAGAAAAAAAAGACAAGAAGUCCAAGUGUGGAGAUCAUCUAUGAAGGAAAAGCAACAGAUUCCACAAGGCAUCUUAAAAAGAAAAAGAAAAAGCAUAAGAAGAAACACCGGAAACAUCAUACAAGUAACUCGUCACACUCUUCUCCACCGGUGAUUACAAUUGAUAGUGAUAGUAGCAGGGAGCUACAAAUUGAUGGAAGUUGCAGCAGUAUUACUUGGACAGGCACCACUCGGGUAAGUGAGAGGGGAAAUGAGUCUCCAUCUUCUGUUCUGGGAAGGAGAGGAUCUGAAGAUUACAGAGUUGUUGAGGAAACUGAAGGAGUAGCCAGAAAGUUCAGUAUUCCUACCAGAAAGGGAAACUUAGAUGGUGACAUUAGAAGUGCUGAAGUUGAACUCCAAGAAACAACAGCUGAUCAGAAUCUUACCAUGCCAGAUGCCAGCAGUAGCACCCCUCAAACAGAAACUCUAACCAGCUACGUUCAAGAAGCACCAGCAGCGCCUUCUAGUCAACUGCCUUCCCCCAGGAUUUCCUUCCUAGAGAGUCCUGAGAGACAACCAUUGAUACUAAGAGUGCUAAAAGGAUUUGUCAACAGAUCAUCUUGGUUUAAUUUCCCAGAAGAAAAACUGUAGCACACUUUCCACAGAACACUUCCUAAAAUUCUGCAUUUGUUAUAACUACAUUUUUCCUCUUGACAACAAAAAACUUAUGUGGUUUCUGUUUGUUAAAAGAUGUCUGGGAAAUGUGUAAAAUCUUUGAAUGUGUAUGCACUAUUGAGUCAAAAAAGAUAGAAUAUUGCUAGUA